CAAAUAAUUUGAGGGUAGCUCCAUGGUUUUAAAGGGAACGAUGCUAGCGUGCAUCAUACUGCUAUGCCUUCAAGGGGUUAUUUUCGCAGAUUGCCCAGCUGGAAGCUUCAUGUCAGCUAGGGGCUGUAAGAAAUGUGGACUGGACCAGUACAGUGCUGCAGGAGCUACAUCCUGCACCCCCUGUCCUAAAGGAAUGUUAUCAAAGAAGGGAUCUGAUUCUGUGAACGAUUGUUAUCAUGAGAAAGAUGCUACUGGCGAUGAAGUGUUUUAUUCAGUAGAUCCCGUUACUGAAAUAGAGUACUUUACUAAAAAGGGUGCGAUUGAAGAGGAGGGUCCAACCGAAAUCAUUAACAAAGGGUACGUAUGUCCGGAGGGACAAACAAAGUGUGGUGAUAUUGACGAAUGUGUUCCCAACCGUGGUCUUUGUAAUGGAGGUGCUGCGUGUUCAAAUGGCUUUGAUGAAUCAGCAGAGUUUUGCACAAGUUUUGAAUGCCCCGUUAAACAGGAAAAGUGUGCGGACGGAAUCCAGUGUUUUCCUUCAUCUGGAAAAUGUGAUAAAUUUAAAAUUCCUCACUGUAACGAUAAGUCCGACGACGUGGGCUGCACUUGUAAAGAAGGCGAAAUGGAGUGUGCUGACGGAAAUGGAUGUGCCUCCUUACAGAGAAAGUGCGAUGGUAGCACGCAAUGUGCUGACGGAUCCGAUGAGAGCCGCGACAUUUGCUAUGUUAGGGGAUCGGGUAAAUGCGGGAUCGGCACGAGAAAGUGCGCCACUGGUAACCAGUGUGUCGCUAAAGGGAGAAUGUGUGACGGUAGUACCCAAUGUAUCGACGGAUCGGAUGAAGCUCUGGUUUUCUGUAUAACCUACGAGUGUCCGGAUUACCAAAUAAAGUGUGAUGGUAGUAAAUGUCUGUCCCGAUGGAAUCUGUGUGACUCGGAGCCAGACUGUAAGGACGGGUCGGACGAAGAUCCUGCCUGGUGUGCUGCCUACGAGUGUCCGGCAGCCAAAAAGAAGUGUGCGGACGGUAUGCAAUGUGUUCCUAAGAAACUCUUCUGUGAUGGUAAAGCAGAUUGCACCGACGGGUCAGAUGAGUCUGAGGAAGAAUGCGCAGAGGAAAAAGGAGAAGGAAAAUCAAUUAUCGAAGUCCGAAAAGGAAAAGGAAAACAAACGAUUGAAAAGGGUGAAAGAAUUAUAGAAGUGCCGGAUGAAACAAGCCGAAGGGGGCCACCAGAGCCAGAAGACCCAGAGCCAGUAGACCCAGAGCCAGUAGACCCAGAGCCAGUAGACCCAGAGCCAGUAGACCCUGAGCCAGUAGACCCUGAGCCAGUAGACUGCCCUGCUGAAUGUACUCCAAGAGAGUGCCCCGGUAUCAACCCUCACAACCCAUCCUGCUGGGAGGCACUAGAGGAAACCAGGUUCAGGGGUUCUGUUAGUAUCGGUAACAUUAAGGGAGGCAUAAACGUAGCCAAGGCAGCAUGUUACGCCAGCGGCACAUGCGAAGCUAUUACUUGUUCUCAAAGAAGAGGUGUAGUUUCAUGUGAGCUGUUGCUUACUAAAGGUAUAGAAAAGAUGGGCAAAGAUAUGAUAUCAUUUGUUUACGCUUGUUAAACAUUGCCAGAAGUUGGUUAAAUAAAGAACAAUUAAAUUAGAAGACGGUAGUUUCAAAAUAGUGUUUAUUUCUUUUUUUGUUGUUGAUAUUAUUGUAAAGCAUUCAACACUUUUAGAUUAAAAUUAUGAUAAA